AUGAAACUCCUUGUAAGCCUACUGACCUUAUCCCUGAGCACGCAUGCUCUAGCUUUCGACUUCGCUCUAGCAGCUCCCAUCAACCGCGGCGAGCGUGCGACGCCUACAAUAACCAAGACAUUUUACCACACGGAAGUGCGGAGACUGUCUACAAACUUCAAGGACCACCAUGUUCGGAGCGAAAGCUUGGUGUCUGACUCCUCUGUAUCUCUCUCUGAUGAGGUCUUCGAGGCUCUGAACGGGGACACCGCGUCAUCCAUGGCAACAGCAUUCCUUUGGCCGAGGGGAGCAAGUGGACAGAAGCCUACGAUUUCGCAACUACCCGUUACUGGCGUGCCUGUAAGUUUCAACGCGAGGCAAGUCGGAUUCGUACAUUUCGACGAUGACACCAAACGCGACGAGCCUCUUCAUUCGGGAGUGAAAAUCGUCGAUAAAAGGAAUACCGACCUCUACCAUAUCAAGAUCGAUCUUGCAUCUGAAGGCUACAUUUCAGUGUUCAUGUCCAAUAGCACAGCCUCCGCGUUCUGCAAAAGUGAGGUAGAGCUGGACUCGGAGGGUGGGCCAAAAGGAGAGCUACAAUUGGCUGUUCGAAAUUCCACAAAGGUCGUGGCUAUACCUGUGCACCAAGAAGAGGCUGAUAGCUUCUGCCUCCAUUUCAAGAACGCGGAGGGUGUCGACAGCCCAAUGAGUGGCAAAGUUCCUGGCAGCGCAACAGCGACAGCUUCGGCAUCGGAAGGGAAGACGUCGAAGGUCACACCCAGCGAGACAACUCCGCAGGGUGUGUCGAAGUCAUCUAAGCACGCGUCUACAGUCACCGCUUCGGAGACUGACACUGAUGACUCGGCUUCAGCAACAUCCGCGACCUCGACCAGCAAGACCACAUCUUUGAACACGUUUGAUGUCACUCAUGAGAUCGAGACUUCGAAGUCUACAAAACGUGUACCGACAGAAACUACCCCCUCUGAGUCAGGCUCUACUACCCCAAAUGAAGGUACAAAUGAGACCGUGUCUCGGACCUCCGAAGCGGACGACAGCAGCACUGGGUCUGAGGCAACAAAGUCUUCAAAGCACAAGUCCACGUCUAUAACGGCUUCGGACAGUGAAUUGGCUACUUCGGAAUUGGCAACCGACGUGUCCAGCAAGCACAAGACCAAAUCUACAGCCAGCGGAGCCGACGAAGAUUCGUCAAAAACGGUCGAAGCUUCAGGCACACUAACGGUGUCAAAAGCUGCGAACGCCGACCCUUCUUCACCCGAAGAGAGCGCGUCACAUUCUACAAAGGCAAAGUCAAAGACUUCCGAUGCUUAUGAGACUGAGGAUAUCCCCGAAUCUGAGACAUCGGUACAGGAGUAUCGGGGUCCAGCUGUAGACCCCGCAAACCCUGCUGACCUAGACACCUCGACGCCUAAGGCCACACCAGCCGCUGUUCCUGUUAGCACAACUACGGACGAGCCGUUUACUGAAGCAAGCAUAAACUCGUUUUACUCGUAUAUUAAGAGCUUUGUAGAGACUGCUCCAGACCCACCAUCAACCGCACACAUUGCUGAUCAGACUUCAAUCGAGACGACCGAAUCUACGAACGGGGCUUUGCGACGUGGAAUACUAAUAGCGCCAACGCCGGCUUUGAUAGGUGUCAGAGCUGAAACAAAUCCUCACUCGACGGAUAACAGCAUGACAUAUAUCUCCGACUAUAGCUGGAAGGGCGCCGUUUCUACUGCUAUAGCUUCUCCCACGGCGUCCAGUAAUGCGGCAAUCGGGAGACUGAAACCACCUUCCCUACUCUGGCGCAUGUGGUACCCCACGACUACUACCAAAGUCAUUCAUUCGCGUAGCUUCAGUGGGCCUGGUGAAGAGCCUGAGCAAGAAGGCGAGGGGUUUUUCAAUAUCGAUGGAGAAGAUGAUGGGCCUACGAGAGUCAGUACGGGUACGAGUGGAGUGGAAGAGGAGACGGCUGUUGCUACGAAGUUUGCGCAUAAGCAGGAGGGUAAAGAUGGGGAUGAUGGAGGUAUUGAUGCGAAUAAUGAAGACGAGGAAGGGGAAGAAGAGCUACCGGCUGAUGAGGAGACGAUGCCUGACGAAGAACCCGAGACUGAUGAGGGAACGGCUGGAAACGACGAGACGCCUACGUCUACGAAGAGUAAGGCGUCACAUACCAAGACUGCAGAAGAUGAGGAAGAUGACAGCGCGCCAACUACCGACACAUCUACGGAUGUUGAGGAGAAGGCAACAUCUACGACGAAGAAACAUACAGAUACGGGUAAUGACACUACCCCGACUGCCACCGCAUCCGAAGACGUCAAAGAGAAGGCUACAUCCACUAAGCUGAAACCCGCAGAAGAUGAUGAGGCAGCUACACCAAGUGUCACUUCAUCCAAAGAUGUCAAGGAAAAGGCAGCGUCUUCAAAGACGAAACAUGCAGACAAUGAUGAGGAAGCUACGCCCACUUCCAAAGCAGCCGAUGACACCCCGCCCGAAGACGAGGACGCACAACCUAACGGCGACGAUGAAUCCGAGAUUGACACGUCCGCCGAUGACAAUACCUCCACAACCACUUCCCACAAGCCCAAAUCCACCAAAUCCGCAACUUCCAACUCCGAUGACGAUGCUGAGGAAGAACCAACUACGACCUCCACCUCCAAAUCCAAAUCCCCUCACAGAUCCAAAACCCCAAUCCCCUCCCUCGCCUCAGGCGUAUCCUUCGCCUUCCCCUCCACCACCGCCCUCGUCCCCAAUCCCUCCGCCAAUCUCGCCCCACCUCCUCCUAUCCCAACAGGCACAGCGCCGAUGCCAACACAGCCCAUAAUCUGGGACCCAGACUGUCCUCAGAUCUCAACGUCGACGUUGACAGCAGAGAAUGGGGUUACGACGGCGGUGCCGGUGACUGUGGGGGUGGGGUGUUGGAGGACGUUACCACAGGCUGGGAAUGGAGGGGAUGGAGGAAAUGGAGGGAAUGGAGGCGAUGAUACGAUGACAGGAGGCGCAAACGGGCAUAUGAUCAAGAGUAAAGCGUGGAAUAUCCUUAGUGAUGUGCAGAAUGUGAAGUUGGGGGUGGUAUGUUGGAUGGUUAUUGGGGGGAUGUUUUGGCAGUAA